AUGAUGAUCUCAGAGGCAGUCCUGUUUUUGAUACAAUACUCCUCUAAAGAGCUGGACGGUCAGGAGAAGACCAUCCAGACCGGAGACUGCUGCUAUCUCAACCCACUGGUGCAAAGGACCUUUCGCUUUCUGGGCGUCUACACGUUCGGCCUGUUCACCGUGGACAUCUUUGUGAACGCCGGCCAGGUGGUGACGGGGAAUCUGUCCCCCCACUUCCUGACGGUGUGUAAGCCCAACUACACAGCCCUGGGCUGCCAGCACGCCCUGAUCUACAUCAGCCAACAGGAGGCCUGCACCGGGAACCAGGAGGAUAUCCUGCGCGCACGCAAAACCUUCCCCUCCAAAGAGGCUGCCCUCAGUGUCUAUGCAGCCUUCUAUCUUGCGAGUUACAUCACAUGUACAGUGGAAGUCAAAGGAACGCGGCUAGCCAAGCCUGUGCUGUCCCUGGGUCUGAUGUACCUGGCUUUCCUCACGGGACUCAACAGAGUGGCUGAGUACCGGAACCACUGGUCUGACGUCAUCGCUGGAUUCAUCAUAGGAGUGGCCAUCGCCACUUUCCUGGUAAGAACCUGUCCUGCAGCAGCAUCACAAUCCUCACGAUGUACUGUGUGCAUAUUUGGACAGCCUCGUGCACCAACUCCUUGGUGAUUCUGACGCUGUCGUAACUUUGGACACCGUACCACUUUUGUUGU